AAAAACAAAACAAACCAGCUGUCGCCCUAGAUGUGGGGAAGAAGUGGCCGCCUGAUUCCCUUUUGUAGUUCUAUUGGUUUUUUUGUUGUUGUUCUGCCGUUUCAUAGCCAUUUUACCUCACUCAAUAAAUCGGGCGCCGUGUCGGUACGACAUAUCCGUCAAAGCCAAAUAUGGCAGAGGAGCCGUGUGACCCCUGUGCAUGCAUCUGCUCUCAUGAACAUGCCAUGAGGAGAUUGAUCAACCUGCUGCGGCAGUCCCAGUCCUAUUGCACCGACACUGAGUGCCUACAGGAGGUCCCUGGUCCCAACUCCUCAGCUGGAGAUGAUUUCACCGUGCCGAUGAUCAUUAUGGGGUGGAUGGUGCUGGCCGUGAUCCUCUUCCUGCUCCGCCCCCGGAGUAUGAGGGGUGGCCAUGCCGUUAAGCCACGCGGCCCCCACCAUACUGAGAGCAGGGACCCACCUGCCCCUCCUUUGGAUUAAUCGCUAUGGUGACAGGAAUUCUACCACUGGCCAAGGACCUGAGCUGUGUGACCUCUGACCUCGAGCAGUCAUCAGUCCCUCUUUAACACUUAACUUUGACCUUUCAUAACGGUUCCUCCACUCUACUGUGGCUUCAUAUUGUCCUCUGCAGCCCUGCAGGUGACUGCAUUUUUUUUAGACUAUCUACUGUGUGUGCGUGUGUGUGCGUGCGUGUGUGUGCGUGCGUGCGUGCGUGUGUGUGUGUACAGUAUGUGAGAGAGAGAAAGAGUGUGUGUGUGUGUGUACAGUAUGUGAGAGAGAGAGAAAGUGUGUGUGUGUGUGUGUGUGUGUGAGAGAGAGAGAGAGAGAGAGAGAGAGAGUGUGUAUGUGUAUGUUUGGGUGGGGGUGGGUGUGGGGGUGUGCGUGCAUGCGUGCAUGCGUGUGUGAGAGAGCGAGAGAGAGAGAGAGAGAGAGAGAGACAGAGGGUCCUUCACAUUCCUUUCUUAUGUCAAACAGGGUGACUUUGGGGUUCUUGUAAAGUUUUGACUGGAAAAACGUCUCCCAGGCCGACCACUCAGCUCCCACACCCUUCCAAGCAACUUAAUGUUUUCCAGAUGUUUGGAAUGAGUCAGGGGUGUGAUGACGUCUUACUCGUCUUACUUCAACACUGUGGGUUACAAGUUAGAGUGAGUUUUGGUGUUACAAAGAACAUGAUUACUCACUAAUUAAAAAAUGUGUGUGUGUUUGUGUGUGUAUGUGUGUGUGUGUGUGCGUGUGUGUGUGUGUGUGCGCGCUUGUACGCUAGCUUUUUUGAGAGAUGUGCAAUCUGUGACGGUGUUCUGGAUGGUGAAUAUGUUAUGACCAUUGGCUCAUUCAUGUCUUAGUGACUCCCACAACGUCAGAUGACUGUGGAGCUUCAUCUUCAGUUACAAAUUAUAGAGAAAUCAUUUCAUUAUUCAGAUUGUUAGGCCUACUGUUGAUUGUUUUUUUUAUUGUGCGGUUUAACCGUGAUUGUUAUACAGCUAGACAACAAUUGUUAUACUGCAAGACAAAACACUGUAUUCAUAUCACAGAAAGGGCUUGUACUAUGCACUUUUUCUUAUCUCUAAUAAAAACAUUACAACGGG